CAGCUAGAGCAACAACAACUUCACACACUGUAACAUUUUUCGUUGCUCUUAGAGAAAGAAGUUUAUAAGUACUCAAAAGAAAAUAGUACUGUUCGGAAAAACCAAGAAAAGAUGCAGAUGAAGAAGAGUGUUUGGAUUGUGAUGGUUAUGACAGUGCUUGUGGCGUCAUCACAAAUCUGGUUUGUGCAUGGAAGAGUCCUUCGAUCAGAGACACCUUUAGGUGACGGUUGUGAGGAUUUGAAAGGAGAAGCUUCGUAUGUUGAAAUGGCAACAUUUUCUGUUUCUUCUAACAACUCCAUAACUCGUCAAUUUGCUCGAAGUUUGGCGUAUAAACUAGCUUCUGGACCCAGCAAAAAGGGUCCUGGUCACUGAUUAGUCUUCUUCCUUGCUUUUCACUCUGCUGGUUUUCUUCCACCUUCAUUUCUUUCAAUUUUCUUCCAUUUUUUUCUUUUCGUUUUUGUUUUCACUGAAAUCCACAUACAUUAAUCAGAUACAUGUGUGUCUACUUUGCAGAAGCUGAUUGUAAAAAUAAUCUGUUACACAUCUCUGAAUAU